AUGGUCGUAGAGCACUUUUUACACAGGGAGUACCUUGUCUUCGACCCCACAUUGUCACUGCAUUAUGAGGUAUUCAUGAUCCCUGAGAUCCGACGACCCAAUGUGAGGUAUAACAUGUUGAACUCAAAUGACAAGUUAGACCCUGCAAUAGAGGAAUUAGAAUGGCCACCGUCGCCUUGCAUCCUGCAUGUGUUCUCAUCAAGGACAAAGGUGUGGGAGGAGAGGUCGUUUGUUCAAGAAGGGGAGGCUGCAGGGAAUGUUGCUGACAUGCGGUUGGAUCACCCAUAUGUUCCAGACACUUCUGUCUAUUGGCGGGGAGUACUUUAUGUAUAUUGCCAAAACAAGUUUGUUAUGAGAAUAUCAUUAUCCAAUGGGAAAUAUCAAGUAAUCAAGCCACCUUUAGAUUGUGAGGGGAUGGCAUACACAAAUCUUUAUUUGGGAAAAUCAGUGAAAGGGGUGUUCUGUGCUGUGCAUCACUUGGCAUCCCGUUUUUCGAUCUAUAUUCUUGAUGAAUCGAGUGGCAAAAUGGAGUGGGUAUUCAAGGAUUCGUGUAGUAUUCAGCCAUGUCAAAUAAUUGACGGGCCUGGACCCUGGACUUUACAAGAUAUUAACAAUCAGGAGCAGGGAUUUGAGUAUGAAGAUGGUAACAAUGAGGCAGUGGUAGAGGACAGGUUUGAAUGGGACUUAGACAAUGAUAAUGUUAUUGAGACCAACAGCAGGGGCAAGUAUAACUCUGGUGGUUAUAUUAAUUUUCUUGUUGACACCAAAAGGAGGGGCAGAUAUAACUCUGGUGGUUAUAUUGAUUUUCUUGGAUUUCACCCUUACAAGGAGGUUAUCUUCUUGAGUGAUACGUUGAGAAGAGGAUUGGCCUACCACUUAAAUAGCUCAAAGAUUCAAGACUUGGGCAACCUCCGUCCAACAAAUUAUGGAACAGAGGUGGGCAUUCAGCCAUUUAUACAAGAGUCUUUUCCAUACACACCUUGGAUGGGAUGGUUUCCAGAAGACAAUUAA